AAAAGAAUGACAUGUUCUGUCCCCAUCGUCUUGUCCGCCAAUCCUUCAAAUAUUUCAACUGUGUGCAUGGGACUCUCUUUUGGUUUUUGGGUCCCGCUUCUAAUCCAAAACCCAAAUCUUGUUUUCUACAAAAACAAACCCACCAAAUCAGAACUAAAUUAAAUUAACUAAUCCUCGCGUAAAAGCCAUGAAAGUUAACGAACAUUAAUCCGUACACUAUGUUGUAAGAAACAAAGAAGAUAUAAUAGUUAAUUUGUGUGCUUAAACACUUAAACACUUAAUAGAAUGGUUGAUUAAGGAAGAAAGAAAUCUAAAAACACUUGUUUUCAAGCUUUAUUAGCUUCCCCUGUCACGGAAUUAAUAAAUACAGUAUAUAUGAAAACGCUCUCUGUAACGGUUACCAUUUAUUAAGUUCACCCAACUCUCUCUUUCUUUUCUUUCUUUGAUUUCACCGACAGCAACAACAACAAAAAAUGUCGAUCGCCGCUGUUACCCCACCGGCUUUCCGAUCCAUCUAUGAACGGCGAUCAGCUGCAAAGGUGGUUGUGCCCGUAUCGCGGCAUCGGGUGAUCAUGGCCGUUCAAUCAUCCAGUGUGGUUUCAGCAGCUCCGAUCCUAACCAAGUUGAAGAAAGACUGCGCUACUCCCCUGCCGGUGUUGCGCCACGUGGCAGACGCCAUGGCCGCCGACAUGCGUGCCGGCCUUGUCGCCGAUGGUGUCAGCGAUCUGAAGAUGAUACUCAGCUAUGUUGAUACCCUGCCAACUGGGUAAGUUUAAUUUAGUGAUAAAGUUAAUUAUACUUAAAAUCAUAAUAGUUGUUCCUCCAAAGUUCGAUUCUUUUUGUUUGAUGAACUUAAUUAAUGAAUUUUAGUUCGUUGUAUUGUGCAUUUAAGGUGUACUUAUUUAAGGAAUCAAAGCCAGUUUCAUUUGAGAUUAUAAAGUGUAGUUCUGAUUAAUAGUAGUUAUCAAAGGUUCAACUCACGAUCUUUGUUCUAUAUGGAGUAAAUUCACUGAGUUUAGAAUAAAUCAAGAGUAUUAGAAAAUGAGAUAGCUUCAUGGCUUUCCUUUUUAACUUUCUGUAAGGAAUGAGAAGGGAUUGUUUUAUGCUCUGGAUCUUGGAGGCACAAAUUUUCGGGUGCUGAGAGUUCAGCUUGGGGGCAAGGAAGAGCGCGUGAUUGCCACCGAAUUCGACCAAGUCUCCAUUCCACCGGAGCUGAUGUUCGGAACUUCGGAGGAACUUUUCGAUUUUAUAGCCUCGGGACUGGCGAAAUUCGCACAAACAGAGGGAGGAGACUUCUAUUUGCCUCAGGAACGGACAAGGGAAAUUGGAUUCACAUUUUCUUUUCCAGUGAAGCAGACUUCUGUGGACUCGGGCAUCUUGAUCAAAUGGACCAAAGGUUUUGCUGUCUCGGGAACUGCAGGCAAGGAUGUGGUUGCUUGUCUGAAUGAAGCUAUGGAAAGGCAAGGAUUAAACAUGCGGGUUUCCGCUUUGGUCAAUGACACUGUGGCAACACUCGCUGGUGCUCGAUACUGGGAUGAUGAUGUGAUGGUUUCCGUAAUUCUUGGAACUGGAACUAAUGCUUGCUAUGUGGAAAGUAUAGGUGCUAUUCCUAAAUUACAAAGCAAUGAUUCAAAGUCGGGAAGAACGAUAGUAAACACUGAGUGGGGAGCAUUCUCAAAUGGCCUUCCAUUGACUGAAUUUGAUAGAGAAAUGGAUGCUGAGAGUAUUAAUCCUGGUGAGCAGAUAUUUGAGAAAACAAUUUCUGGUAUGUACCUCGGCGAAAUUGUAAGAAGAGUGCUCAUCAAGAUGGCUCAAGGCGGCGAAUUAUUUGGCAAUUCUAUUUCAGAGAAACUAAUGACUCCAUUUGCUCUCAGGACUCCAGAUAUUUGUGCCAUGCAGCAGGACACUUCAAAAGAUCUUGGCCAUGUUGGAUCAAUCCUUUAUGAUGUACUUGGGGUAAGCUCCAAUACAGCCGAAAGGCAGAUUGUAGUGGAAGUAUGCGACACGAUUGCUGAACGUGGAGGCCGCCUAGCGGGUGCCGGGAUCGUAGGGAUUUUGGAGAAAAUGGAAGAGGACUCAAAGGGUCUCAUAUUUGGGAAGAGGACAGUAGUGGCAAUGGAUGGAGGGUUAUAUGAGCAUUACCCACAGUACAGAUCAUACCUCCAAGAAGCAGUCGAUGAACUUUUAGGAUCUGAGAUUUCGAAGAACAUAGUGAUCGAGCACACGAAAGAUGGGUCUGGAAUUGGGGCUGCUCUAUUAGCUGCUACCAACUCCAAGUAUCCUCAUGAUUUCUAGCCAACUUUUGAAUGUUGAUUUUUCAUGUAAUUUAGCCUACUAAAGUACAGCAUUUUGCAAGGAGUUCAUUAGAGAGACAUAGGGAAUGAAAUAAUGUGUGUGUUAUCAAUUUGUGGGAGAGCUCUAAAUCUGAGUCAUAAGCUUGCUUCUUGUACUAUAAUACGAUGUAGCCAUUGUAAGUAGAAGGCUCCAAGGAAAAAUCAGCUUCAUUGUAAUAAUACAAUUUGUUGUAAUGUUUUAAUCCAACAUAAAUGUUAGUUAAAAUGUGAUAAAGAGAAAUCGAAAAUAUGGAUGAACACUUCAAGCAUUUUAGAGUAAGGGUUCAUGAAGUUUUGAGAUUUCGUUUUAGUAGAAACUUGUUACAUCCCCC